AUGCCCAAUUUGAUUUUCAACUCCAUCCCACUUCCCAAUGUUAUUUCAGACUUACUUCCAGAAAGACCGAUUGGUUUGAAAUUGAUUUUUCCAUCAAAUGAUUCCAAACUAGGCAGCUCUUCGAAUUCACAAACAAUUCCGAGUAUUCACGUAUCCGGUCCGAAUUUGCAAUGGAUUCCGCAACAGUUGGAUCAAAAUCCAUCAUACUCAGUUCCCGUUUUGCACUAUCGAGUCGAGUAUCAGUUAGUUCCCUCCUGGUCUGUGACUGAACGCGAGGAAAGAUGUGCACCGCCCGCCUUCCAAGAAGCUAUCAAUCAAUGGGCCACUCUAGCCCCCGUGCGAGCACCAGAGCACCGGUUUUGGUUUCGCAUGCCAGCAAACUCGUCUAAGACCGAAUCAGUGUUCAGUCCAACCGAUCUGGAAUCCUGCUUCAUAAAGCUCAAUUUGCGAGUGCGUAGCUACAGUAUGAAUGCAGAAAGUGAACCAUCAUCCACUUUGUAUAUAUCACUACCUCUCUUGGACAAAAUCCUACCAGCUCUGUAUGACACGGUUAUUUGGGAACAACGCACACUUCGCAAUAUUGCUGAUUCAAUCGCAUUGGAUGAACCAAUUGUGGAGACCGCAGCCACCAUCUCUUUUGCCAAUGGCACAUCAUCGAGUGGGACUGAGUUCAGUGUACCAGAAAAUGUUUGGUUUGGACUCAGUUAUACGCUGCUCACCUUCCUGCUUCUCUGUUUCAUCACGCUCAUGGUUUACCUUGCCCGCCGCGCUUUUCGACGAGCUAGCAAACGGUCUCAUGUUCCGUCCAAUUAUCCUCGUCGACCACCAGUCAUUGAGGAACAACAGGAACCGAACAAGUACAUUUUGACUAAUCAAAUAAGACCAACACCACCAAUCAGUUCCGUGGAAUCGCCCGAGUCCCCGGAGGAGAGCUUUUCUACCUACCAUUUGACGUCCGAUGCAAAACAGAUACUCAGUAAAAGUAGCUGCUUUUGCCACGGAUCACGUCCUACUCCAACUUGGAAUAAUCUGCGCAGAUGUCCAGCGGAACAACACGGUUCUCCUUUGCUUACCAAAUCAGAAAAGCUACGGUCAGAUUUUUUGCAUGAAGAUGAACAAUAUUAUAUGAUUCCGGUCAAUACGAUGUCCCCGCAACGGCACACCGUAUGGACAGAUACACACGGAUUGCGGUCACCCACGACCAAAACGGCUCGACAUCCACUGGAACAGCCUCCUUUUGAACCAGUCACAGGAAAACCAAACGGGCUAUCAAUUCGAGAAGGUGUUUUGAACUCAGACUGGGCUCAGCAACUGGAUCUGUUACCUAGCAACAAGUUGUCAAUUACAGGAACAAAUGAAGCAUUUCUGGGUAUGAAAUCCAUUUGUCAAUCCGUUAUCAAACCAACGCAUUUAGUUUCCAACAAUCCAUCUACCUAUUCAACUCUUUCAUGGGUCGGAACUCUGGAAUCCGCAUUAUCCACGUCUGUACAUACUGGUCAUUUGGAAUCACCCUCAUCCAAUUCUCAAACCGCAUACGUUGUACUCCCAGUCAAUCCGAUUGAUUCGGAACUGAAAACAGAAACACUACAAAUAGCCUAUGUGCCACUCGGGACCGAGUGUGUUUCUCUAUACACCACUCUGAACCCAAAUAAUCCAAUACAAACACCCAGUAUUCCCUUGAUCAAUCCAGUCUCGCGCACAACUUCUGCGGAACAAGGAAGUAAUAUAAAUCGUGCCAUUGGAGGCCAGAUUUGUAACACAAGUCAAGAUGGAGAUAAUCCCAGUUGA